GUGUCUUGGUAAAACCUUGCUUCCAAACACGUAGAGUCUGGUGACAGGUGCUCUGACUGAAGGUCAUUGCUGUUCUCAAAAAGGAUUUUCCCAGUCCAGGCCUCAGAACUUCACUAUAAGCUCCCUAAAUCACUUUAAAGAGUGAACAGAAUUUGCAACCGCAGGUGAAAAGCUGUUGGUAGAAGACUGGGACUGAAAGAGGAAACGACUUUUACAGCAGAACUAGCAGAGUUCUGAUGGAAUUUGCAAAGUUUCCUCGUUUGCUUCCGUGUUAUUAAACAAUAAAAUUUGUUGCUAUGGAGACAGAAAAACUGGAAGAAGUACAACGACACCGUGGGAGAUCAGCCAAUGGUAUCCAGAAGGAUAGUCCUCCACAGGCAAUAUCAAGCCUGGACUUGAUCUCUGAUGAUGAUUCUGAGGCAUCUGACAAUAUAACUGAGAAAGAACCAGAGGCACGUUAUAUUCCUAUUCGAAGAAAUUCCAUAUAUUAUCGUUCUAUCAGACUUCGAAACAGAAAGAAAGUAAGGAGUAGUAAAGAAGUUCAAAUGGAACGUUUUGAAGGCUCACUCAAAAAUGGUAAUACCACAAAUGAGCUUCUGAACAAAGAGGAACUGUUGCGCAUAUUUCACAAGAGUCUGUCUCUACAUGUAAAGCCAAAAAUGACAGCCACAGAAGAACAAUGGUUUCAAAGGCUGCUCCCUUCCUACCCCGGUUACCGUGGCAACCGCCCGGACUUCCCCGGUCCCGCGUCUGCGGCGGAAUCGCUCCGCAGCAGUAGCAGCAGCAGCAGCAGCAGCCGCAGCCGCAGCCGCCCGCUGCCGGGAUUUCUCCUGCUGCCGCCGUCCUCCUCGCCGCCUCGCAUGGAGCUUCUGGCUGCGGCGCUCAGCGCCGCCUGCGCCCUGGACCACGAAGGAUCUGCCGAGAGCGUGGCCGGAGCCCGCCCAGCUGGCAGUGAGUCCCCUACCAUGGCGGGACCAACUUCUUUUCCGGAAGAGACCCCUGAGCAGGCUGACUGCCCAGCUGCUUUCCCCGAAGCUCUGCAGAUGAUUCACCCCAUGACGGCAGACUCUUGGAAGAACUUCAUCGAGCAAAUAGGUCUCUUGUAUCAAGAAUAUCGGGAUAAAUCCACGCGUCAUGAGAUUGAAACUAGGCGGCUGCAGGAUUCCCAGACAGAUACUGAAGAGUGCUCAGCUACUGAAGAAUCACCAACAGAAACUGAAACUACAAAUGUGUUAGAAAACAAGACUGUCCCCCAGAUUAACUUGCUCAGGAAUUCCACAUCUAGGUUCAAUUUAUGGCAAGAUCUUCCAGAAGUCAGAAGCAGUGGUGUUCUGAAUAUUCUCCAGCCAGAUGAAAUCAAGCUUCAAGAGGUAAUAUCAACUUAAGUGGAGGAUGAU